GAAGACAGUCGGUGCGCUGGUGGUUAUGCUCUGGCUGUGCAUGGUCACCCUUGGCAGCGGCUCAGAACGCUGUGAUGACUGGGGUGUGGACACCAUGAAGCAGAUCCAGAUCUAUGAUGGGGAACCUGCCAAGAUCAAAUGCCCGCUUUUUGAGACCUUCUUGAAGUACAACUACAGCACAGCACAUUCUGCUGGCUUAACCCUGAUCUGGUACAGGAUCGGGCAGGACCGGGAUCUGGAGGAGCCCAUUAAUUUUCGUCUCCCAGACAAUCACAUCAGUAAGGAGAAAGACACCCUUUGGUUCUGGCCUGCUCUUCAAAAUGACACUGGGAAUUAUACGUGCAUGCUCAGAAAUACAACGUACUGCAGCAAAGUUGCAUUUCCUUUGGAGGUUGUUCCGAAAGACGAGCACUCUUGUGUGAGCCAGUCAGUAAAACCCACUGAGGAGAUGUUCUACUUGGAGCACGCCAAUGAGAAGAUCAUAUGUCCAGAUAUUGAUGGGUUUUACCCUCCUAGUGUAACACCAACUGUCAAGUGGUACUUGAACUGCAACUUGGUGGAUGGCUUCUAUGAGCGAUACACCCAAGGGCCCAGGCUUGUCAUUGGCAUUGUUCGCAGUGCAUAUAAAGGGAAUUACACUUGUAUUGUGACAUUCAAGGACCACGGAAGAACCUAUAAUCUCACCAGAACCAUAGAGAUGAAGGUGGUGGGAUCUCCGAACAAGGCCUUGCCACCACAAUUCACCUCUCCAAAUGAGAAGGUUGUCUACGAACUGGAAGCAGGAGAUGACCUUGUUCUGCCCUGUGAGGUCUUCUUCACCUUCCUGAAGGACUCCCGAACUGAGGUGUGGUGGACCAUAGAUGGGAAAAACACAGAUGACAUCAUGGACUCCAAGAUAAAAGUCACACAAAGUGAAAUUGCUAGAGAUUUUGAAGACAAAACUGUCAUAAGGACUCUAACAGUUGCAAAAGCCACACCAGAGGACUUGAAACGGAAUUAUACUUGCUAUGCCAGAAACGCCAAAGGCGAGGACCGUAGCCAGGCCAUAGUGCGCAUGAAAGUUGUGGCACCGAAGUACACCGUGGAGCUGGCCUGUGGACUGGGGGCAACCAUCCUGCUCAUUGUGGUGCUGAUAGUCAUCUAUCACGUUUAUUGGCUUGAAAUGGUCCUCUUCUAUCGGGCUCACUUUGGAACAGAUGAAACCAUUCUAGACGGGAAGGAGUAUGAUGUGUACGUGUCCUACGCACGCAACGCAGAGGAGGAGGAAUUUGUGCUGCUGACGCUGCGGGGAGUCUUGGAGAAUGAGUUUGGGUACAAGCUGUGUAUCUUCGACAGAGACAGCCUCCCUGGGGGAAUUGUCACAGACGAAACCCUGAGCUUCAUCCAGAAAAGCCGACGUCUGCUUGUUGUCCUGAGCCCCAACUACGUCUUGCAGGGAACACAGGCCCUGCUGGAGCUCAAGGCUGGUCUAGAGAAUAUGGCCUCCAAGGGCAACAUCAAAGUCAUUCUAGUGCAGUACAAAGCCAUCAAGAAGAGCAAAGUGAAGGAGCUGAAGCAGGCCAAGACGGCCUUGACUGUCAUUAAAUGGAAAGGCGAGAAAUCCAAGUUCCCAAAGGGCAGGUUCUGGAAGCAGCUGCAGGUGGAAAUGCCAGUGAAAAAAAUUAACAGGAGCUUGAGCCUUGAUGGGCUCAUACGUAUCCCUGAAAAAUGUUUGACACCAUCAGAAAACAAAACAAAACAAACCCCAAAAAUCCACGAGUUAGGCCAGGGAAUGGGAAGGAACUCGGGGUUUUUGCCAUGA